AUGAAUGAAAGAAAAUCAGAUUUCGAGUCGUUGUGUUGCUACAUGGAAUUCGCUAAAGUUUCUCAUAAAGGUCAUGAUUGCAAAUUAAAACAAGUAACACCGACAGUAUAUUAUGAUUGUUGGCAAAAAUGUAAAGCGCUUAUUGCUGGGAAUCGAACAAAACGUGCUGAACUUUUGGAGAAAUUAGCAAGAGGACAACAAAGAAGUUCAGGAAGUUAUUUAAAUCGAAAAACUCCAUCAACUGAUGCUGAAGGUGAAUGGUUCAUGACAAUGGUGACAUUGUCAAGAGACUGUUCAAUUGCAGAUGUUUGUCGAACGACGACUUAA